AGAAUAUUUCAUAUUACAAAAAAUACUUUAUAUAUUCAAAGCAUCAUUAUCACUGGUUGCAGCUCUAAUUGCUGGCUACUUAUAAAAAUCAGCUCCUCUCAUGCACCCAGAAAAUGAGAAAGAUGUUUAGUGAAACUUCAGAAAAACUGGUAUGGAUUAACCUACCUAAAAACAUAUAUAGACGCAGUAGAAUUACCACAUGGAUAGAGAAUGUUAGAAAGAAUGGACAGGAGAAAAGGGACUUUCACAAAGCUCCAAUUUGGGCAUUAGUUCAUGUAAACACCCAGGACAGCAAGGUUUACAGGGUUCAGAAAUGAGAAACAGUAAAGACAGUAAAGACUGCAGUUCAGAACAAAAUGGCCUACAGGGGAAGAAAGAAAGGAAGAAAGCUCUUCUAGUGAAAAGUCACACUGCCUCGGUUUGUCUUCCUGAGAUGAGGCAGCAAAUGGUGUAUGUGAAAAGGUGCAGGCUUUGACUGGUAGUUUCUGUACAGGCUGAACUGCUGUACCUGCAGUGUCACUUUACUCAUGCACAGUGCAGCUACUUCCUGCAGCAGCAAGCAAUUGUUGAAGCAGAAUAAUAGAAUAAUUUUAGUUGGAAGUAACCUUUAAAGAUCAUCCGAUCCAACAUCCCUGCAAUGAACGGAGACACCUACAGCUAGAUCAGGGUGCUCGGAGUCCCUCCAUGCUGACCUUGAGUCUCUCCAGGGAUGAGGCAUCCACCACCUCUCUGGGUAACCUGUUCUGUUGCCUCACCACCCUUACUGUAAAAAACUUUCUCCAAAAUAAAUCUCUCUUCCUUUAAUUUGAAACCAUUUCCCCUUGUCCUUUCACAACAGACUUUGCUAAAGAGCCUGUCCCCUUCUUUCUUACAGCCCCCUUUCUUACUUGGUCUCCCUGGAGCCUUCUCCAGAUUGAACAGCCCCAACUCUCUCAGCCUGUUCUCAUAGGAGAGUUUUCCAUCCCUCAGAUCAUCUUUGCAGCCCUCUUCUGGAUGCGCCCCAACAGGUCUGGGUCUCUCCUGAGUGGGGGACUCCACAUCUGGAUGCAGUACUCCGGGUGAGGCCUCACCAGCACAGAGUAGAGGAGCAGGAUCACCUCUCUCACCCUGCUGGCCAUGCUUUUUUUGAUACAGCCCAGGAGGUGGUUGGCUUUCUGGGCUACAAGGGCACUUUGCUGGUUCAUGUCCAACUUCCCAUCCACCAGUAAAAAUAGCCUACAGUACAAUGCGGACUUUUGGGCUUGCACCUGGGCAAUUAGAAAUAUUCAAAUUUACUUAUUGUUUCUAGGCAAAUAGCAUGCACCAAACAUAGUCAAAUCCAUUUGAGAAAAGGCAACAGAAGCUUCUGUGUGAGAACAGAAGCUGCACUUGAUUUGCUUAUUGAUGUGUAUGCCUUUGUGGGCGAUUUUAUUUUUUAGUGGCUUUCAGUAGAGCAGCCACCGUCAGACCAGAAGGUGUGAAUUUUCCCCUCUGUUCAGCCUCAUGUCCUCUCUGCUGCUUUGCCAGUCCCACACUCCCCUUCCUCCUAACACAAACGAGCACACAAAUUUUGUGACCUGAGCUGUGCAUGUCCUGCUUGGGACUCAGAGAAACCUCAGAGGAGCAGGAGCUGACUUUCCAUCAGUGCAACUCACUAGCUGACACAUGGAAACUAGCCCAAAAUGUGUCCUCUCUCUUGGAAUUACUUCUUACUGGUAGGACUCUCUCCUUGGACUCCUCAGCAAUACUGAAAACCUUGCUGUUAGAAGAUGCAGGUGCUUGUAAACGAGCUUUAAAAAUGAACAAGUUGUGAUUUGAUCACUGAUGAUUUAUAAUUUGUCCAUGCUUAGGUAUAGAUCCUCUGGGAUGGCAAAAGAGGUACAAAUAGCCAAUCAACAUUUAUUAAGUCUCUGCUACAAAGCAUACUGAAACCAGAUCACAUAAAUACAGGAUAAACAGAAGUUUUCAAUCAGGAAGAAACAGCAUCUUUUUUUGCAUGUCUUGUUCUCAGAUACUCUUGAAGUAUCAAAACUGAAUUUUUUUGAAAAUACCCAGUCUGCGAUAGACAUGUCACAUUUUCCAAGAUAACACCAAUUGCUAAAGUUUGACAAAGUUUAACAAAAUUGAAAGUAGGGCCCUGAAAUGGAAAACGUCAGACUACCAUAGUGACAGUUUAGUGCUAUUAAUCUAGACUUUGAACAUAAUAAACACUUUUUGUUUUGUUUUGUUUUUUUUAAAUGCAUCUUUACAUGAGCCUGACUUUAACUUAAUUCAGAUGCAUUCAUCUUUGCAUGUGCAACUGGCUUGUGAUAGACACUGCUUGCUUGUCUUUUCUGAAUAGCAAAUAUCUACGUCAUUCUCUAGAUGAGAUUUUCCCAUCAGGCUGUAAUCCAGAGGCAGACCAAACCAGACAGCUGACAAGCCGUUGGCUCUGCAUGGGAUGAGUCACUAUUGUGCUGUAUCUGCAGGCUGUGCCAGUUUGUCAUGAGGAAGUAGCUCCUGAGCAGGUACAGCCUCUGUAUCUCACCUUCUCAUUUACAGGGAGCUGCUAACUUGCUAGAUUAGGAAUUCGAUUUGUUUCGAAGAUGAAUUUUCCAUGGUGAGCACUUACAAUAGCAGUUAUCCUGUGUUCAUUCUGUACAAUCAGAUUUUGGCGAUGGCUCAGAGGAUCAUUUAAAAAGCUGCUCAUUCUCAACACCAGAACAAACAACACAGCUAGGGGACAAAAUUCUCUUCAGUCACAACUAUGAAUUCAGAGCAAAGCUGUGGAGCUGUUCCAAGGCCAUGGUGACGUAGAGUGGUCAGGCUGGAUCCUGUGUGCUUCCUACCUCCCUCCUCCAUUUGCCUUUGCACUGGAGGUGGUGUUUGGAGGCCACCUACAAAUUGGCCAUGGUCAUGAGUUCACUCUUGUGCGACUGCUGGGUGCACAGAGAUGGCAAAGAGGCACAGAGAGCCUGCUUCACUCAUACACCGUGGCUCAGGGAAUUCACUGGCCCUUCUGGGGAGAGUCCUACUGCUGCAGUCGGUGGGAGCAGUGUCUGCUAAUAGCAAGGCUAUGGAGUAUUUACAAUCCUCCUUGUGCAGAAGGUUUCUUUGUUUUAGUUGAAUGUGUUUUGCUUUGUUGCAGAAAGAUUUUUGUCUUACUGGACUCUCUCCUGUGUGCAUCUCAGAGACUUGCAUUUAUAUUGUUUUGGGGGUUAAUCCUAAAAACUGCAUUUUAGGAAAGUGCAUGAAUGUCACAUUUCUCUGUAUAAACAGCUGUUGGCAAGGAAUAAUGAUGCUUUGGUUAUACAUUGUGGAAAUAUAUCUAGAGGUUAAUCAACUCAUCCGCUCUCGGUGGAAUUACAUCAGGUUUACAGCAAUAGCAUUCAGUUCAGUAGUUGGUACAUCUUUUCAUUUAAACCAGCUUGUGAAAUACUUGUUUUGAAUUGAUGACUCACUGGGAAUUUGUGCAUAUUUCAAACAUAGAAAUGGAAACAUAAGAAAAAACCUUUUUUUUUUUUUUUCCCCUGAGAACUUCGUAAAUGACAAGUGAAGUUGAAUACUUCCAAAAAUUCUCUUCAGCCACGAAGACACCUUAUAGCCUCAAACAGUUGGUUUUCCUAGCAUGGCUAUCCUUAGAGAGACCCAGUUUUUAAAAUGAGCCGUAUGGAAGUGAGAAACUUUUUUCUGUCUAGGUAGUAAAUCAAAACCAAAAGGAGCAGAGUUGCUCAGAGCAUAGAUGAGCCUUCCAGCCUGUCUGCUCUGGUUGUGAUGGCACUGGGAUGCUGGAGGAUGAAGGAGUUUGGCUGAUUGAUGCCAGGUAGCUGCUUCUGAAAUCUGAGUUGCUUUUCCAGAUCGCAGUGUGCUUUUUUUUUUUUUUUUUAGUUGGUGAACUCUUUCUGUAGCAAGCAAACUCUUAAACUAUAACGCUGUAGUCCUCAAGGAAAAUAAAGGAAGUUGUUUGCAUUCGUUUGGAUUUUUGUGGACAUAAUAUAAUGAAGCAGCUAAACAACUUCAUGGAGUACGGUUAGCAAGUUGGAAUCUUAAACUAUGUUGUUGUGUAUCUCCCUGAGGCACCCAGCGUGAGUGGGCUUUAGCUAAUGCUCACCACAUUACCAGUUUUUGAUGUAACAGCCCUGUUUCGAAGGACUGCGUGGUCCUUUGUGGAGCGUGAAGUUAAUGACCCUCAUCAGUGACUCCAGUUCAAUCAAUAUGAGUUUACUUUCGACACCUUUUUACUAGCUGUAUUUUGCAAAUAGCUGUUAAAUGAUUAGGCUGUCGGAUUAAACCUGUUUGCUCAGUAGUGUAAGCAGAACUAGGCUGACAAAUGCACGUCAUGGCAAUCGGUGUGCGGUAUCUUUUCAGUGUAAUGUUACAUGCUGCUUUAAACCACCUGUAUAUAUUUGCUAUAUUUUAGGAACUUACAGAAGAGAGAUUACAUGAUGAUUUUUGUUUAAUUUUGUUUUUGGUUAAUCUUGAGCUGCUCACAAAAUGAUCACAGUGCUUAAUUAAGCAAGUAAAUAUAUUCCACAUGAAUUCAAUGUGUCUGUAAAUAAGGCCUGUUAAACAAAGACAACUAGAUGACAAAAUAAAUAGAGCUUCUGUUCAUAUUGAAACAGAGGGCCAAGAAAUCUGUUCAUUGCACAUAAUAACACAAUAGUUAUCAAGCAAUAUGCUGGGGACCCUGGAGGCUGCUCUGGAUUGAGUGCCAGUCCUCUUAAAUUCAUGCUAUCCAGAGUAGUUAUGAUGACGAAGAGGCUCAGCUGUGUUUUGAGGUCGUCUUUAAAAGAAAAGGGUGGCACUGACUGAGCAGAGAACAAAUGAGCACCAGGAGCAGACUUCUAUUCAGUGUCAGGAGAUAAAGGUAGGAGGGCAGGUUUUUGAAAGUAUGCUUUUUCCAAUUUUCAUUUUAUUGAAUUUUAAACCAAUACUUGUAAUUAAGGACAGUGUUCUAAUUUCUUGUUGAAAACUUCUUCAAUAUUCAGCUUAAUUGGACAGUUUGUUGUAGGAGUUUUGAUUUAUGUUGUUUCUCUUUCCAUGCAAAGCCACACAUUCAAUCUCAAUUUGCUUUUUAUUUAAUUUUUUUCUUGGAAUUUAUUCUUGCUGUUCAAGAGCAACAGAAAAAUUCCCUGAAAAUAAGGUGUGUUUUUUUUUUUUUUUUUUUAAAGAUAUAUGGUUUCCAGGAGAUCUCAUAUACCUUUAUGUAUGUAGUAUAUAUAUACUAUAUAGUAGCAUUGUCAGAGAACAUACACAUAUACAGAGAGUAACAUUGUCAGAGAACAGAAAUAAAAUUAUUCAUCUUUCAAACAGAAAAGGAAACAAGAGAGCACCUUAAUUCUCUCUGAUUGGCCUUAUAUUUUUUUUUACUAUACUUAAUUUCCUUACCCAUAAAACAGAUGAAGAUCAAAAUGUAUGUUUAUACAAAAUAAACACAGGCAGCAAAGCCCCAGAGCAAAUGAGUUAUAUUAGUGAUGCCUGAAUUGCUGUACUUUUCAGACUUAAAAGAUUAUGUUAUAUUGUAAUGCUAAUGCUACUGAACAUAAUAGGACAAUAUUCUUUAUUUUUCGUGAUAACAAAAUUUUUCUCUUAAUUAAAGGAAAAUGAUGAUGAACGUUGCUUGCUAUGUGCUAGAGUACUUUCAUGAAAUGCUUUUGCAAAAAAAUAGCCUUGCAAAACAGAUGAGUUAUUAUACACACAAAAGGACAGCAAUAUUUGCACCCCAAAGAUGCCAACAGUAUUAACACAGCAGUUACACGUACUGAUGCUAAAUGUAUUUAAGAAAUCUUUAGAUAUUUAGAUGUGGGGAAAUAUUGGUGGUAAGUGGAUGAUAGGCUGGAUGAUCAUGGAGGUCUUUUCCUACCUUGGUGAUUCUAUGAUUCUAAACUACUACCACUGAAAUAAACCAGAGCCUGACAGUAGCGAUGUUUGCUUAAAUAGCAGCUAAUGCUUCAGAUUAGUCAGGCUAUUCAAUUACAUUUUAGCAGUACAAGGUCAGAAAACUUCAUUUCUCCACUCAGAUUUCUUUCCUUACAUGCCUCCUUACAGCUCAAUCAUACAAGAUUUUACAGAAUGAUUUGAUCUGGCCAGGCAGUGCCAUGUGUCUGAAAACCAGGGGCUCAAGGAAACAUUUUGGCUUUGCCAGGUGAACAGCAGGUCCAGCUGCCUCUGUGAGGACAGGGCUGGAGUGCUAUUCUGGUGUGGAGAUCCCCAGUUAUGUAGUUUAUUUUAUCAAAUGAGAUGCAUGCUUCAAGGGAAGUCUAGUGAAAAAAACUAAUUCUGUUAGAAGUUCAUUUACAAAAUAAUUUAAUCCCUCGUAAAGUAAGAAAUGUGAUUUUUGUUUGCAUUCAACUAGUUGAAGGUGUUUAUGAUGGUCUCUUUAUUUCUUCUUGCAGCUUCCUUCACAACAAAAAGAGGAAACAGCUGUAAGUGCACUUCAGCACUAGGGCAAAUCUAUACCACAUAGCAGCGUGCAUUUGAUCCCUCAGUAAGGAUGCAGCUGUGCUGUGAAUCUGUAAAUGGCUCCUGUGUGAAGAGCAAUUGGUCAAACAGUGUCCGUAUUUCCAUGUAUAUCUUCAUGAUUUGCAUUAUUCUGACCACAGUGAUUGGAAAUCUAAUGGUUAUCAUCUCAAUAUCACAUUUUAAGCAGCUCCACACGCCUACCAACUUCCUGAUAAUUUCCCUGGCUACAGCUGACUUUUUGCUGGGAUUCCUCAUCAUGCCUUGCAGCAUGGUACGCUCUGUUGAGCACUGCUGGUAUUUUGGGGACUUCUUCUGCAAGAUCCACACAAGCACGGACAUUAUGCUGAGCACGACUUCCAUCUUCCAUCUUUCCUUCAUAUCAAUUGAUCGUUACUAUGCUGUGUGUGACCCUCUCAGGUACAAAUCAAAGAUAAAUGCUUUUGUUAUCCUGGUCAUGAUAUUGGUAAGUUGGACCGUCCCUGCUGCUUUUGCUUUUGGGAUGAUCUUUCUAGAGUUAAAUUUGCUAGGGGCAAAAGAGAUUUAUAAUCACAUCCAUUGUGCAGGAGAGUGCUUGGUCUUCUUUAGUGAAACUUCAGGUGUCAUCACUUCCAUAGUGUCUUUUUACAUCCCUGGAUUAGUUAUGCUGUUCAUCUACAGGAAGAUAUACUCUAUAGCCAAAAGGCAAGCAAGAUCCAUUGAUGCAGUUAGCAAAAGAAAGAAAAGAUAUGAAACGAAGCACAUUUCAUUCUGCAGAGAAAGAAAAGCUGCAAAGACAUUAUGCAUAAUAGUGGGAGUAUUUCUCAUAUGCUGGAGCCCAUUCUUCUUCUUUACAGCAACUGACCCAUUUAUGAAUUAUGCAGCACCUCCUAUUCUCAUUGACGCUUUGGUUUGGUUUGGUUAUUUAAAUUCUGCAUUUAAUCCCAUUGUUUAUGCAUUUUUUUACCUGUGGUUUCGCAGGGCGUUAAAGACUAUUCUGUUUGGAAAUAUUUUUCAACAGGACUUAUCAAGGACUCAGUUAUUUUUAGAGUAACAUCCUUUACAUGGCUGGCUUCAUAGCAUUGAGAUUUGCCUGCAACUCCAGGAGGCAGGAGCUGAAAAUGGCAGAAAAAACACCUGUUCGUUUGCUCACUUAUCAGAUUUGGUUUGAGCAUAUAAGUGACUAUUUUGUUUGUCUCCUUUCAUUCUAGACUGGGAAUUGUAGGUAUGCAGUGUUUUGAUUUUAGCUAUUCAUAUGACAUAUAUGGAGCAAUUUAUUAACUGCUUUUCUUCAUUAGGAAGUGAUUCCUAAACAACAGAUGUAAAAAACAAAACAAAACAACUGUGUAUUUGCCAUCCUCUAGAACUAACAGAAAAGCCUUUUCUCUUGAAUUUUUAGAUGCCCUUGAGUAAAAUCCCAAAGAUUUUAUGUUUUUUCCCCUCCCCUGCAGUAUGAGUGCAGAAGUCAGAAUAUCCUAAUGCACAGCCAUGUCAGUACACUCCAAGGAGGGAGGAUGCGACAAGGAGAAGCCACGGUGUUCCUUCUCUUUACAUUUCAAUUGGUGCUUCUCACUUUUGUGUUUGUCACUUACAGGCUUUGCCACUUAAUGAAGACAAAAGCAUUUUUAAUGAAAUCUAAGAUAUGGAAAACAUGUCAUAAGAAAUGAAAAGCACUUGUGAAAAGCAAUUCUGAAUCUGACGUUGCCUGAAAAUGAUACUUUCAUAAUGAAAAUUCGAUGUAAAAUAUGCUCACAUUUGCCUCUUUCAACACUUUUUUUUUUGGCUUGAGCAUAUUGUUAUUUUGUCUGAUAGCAAUGCUGUGACAGCCAGAGAAGAAUCUGUAUACUGAACUUUUACAGAACUGUUACAUCUGGCCCAAAUAUAGGGUGAGUGGGACAGGGUGGAUGUGGGAGCACUAUGAGGAGUGGCAGAAAGGCCAUAGAAAUGGCUUGGGGUGAUGAUGCCUGGGUUGGCAGGCUCUCAAGAUUACAUCUACGUGUGGCUUCUCUGGACAUCCACCAACCACAUCAGGAUUCAAAGGACAGACAAAUAAGUCAAAAACUAAAACAUAGUCACCAGCUGAAGAAGGCCCACAGGCUGUAAUUUUCUCUGACUUUUUUUUGCCUAUGACCUGGCUUUGCUAGAAUUAAUGUAUCACCAAACAGAAGGAAAUAACACUUCUGGCCUGAUCCUGUGACAUCUGGUUGGAGCAUGGACUAAUUCUGGAAAUGGACAGUAAAAGAUUAGUACCUAAAAAUGCUAUGCUGAAAUUGAUGCUUUGAUGUUGAAGUAAGAGCUAUGCUCAGCUGUAAAUGUUGUCCUCCAUUCGUGUUGCUGGGGUAAGCACACAUUCUAUGUGUUAUCUUCUUUUUUUGUGCUCUCAGAGCACUGAUGCACUCUGCACUGUAGAGCACAAGAGUUCAGUGAUACUAUAUUCCAGCAGAGCAAAAAAACCCCAAAACAACAGGAUCUGAGACUCCUUUACAGUGUCAUUGUGUAAGUUAGCACACUCCAAAAUGACAAAAAAAAAAAAAAAAAAAAAGAAGAACAAUGACUGAAAUAUGCAACACAUCAGCUUUGUACUGUGGAAGAUAAUUCUUAAUUGUGACAAAAUGACUACUUUAAUACU